CUUAAUGCAUCCCAGGAUACCAUUGGCCUUCUUGGCUACAAGGGCCCUGCUGGUUCAUGGACAGAUCAUUGUCCACUGAGUUCCCCAGGAAACUGUGUUUCUCUUCAGUGUUAUCCUUCCCUUAUGACUACCAGCCUCUGUUGCUUGUUUUUCUGGUUCUGCUCAGUGCUCUCAAGAAAACUCCUGGAUUGCUUCACCCUGCCAUGUUGUCUCUGCAAUAUGUAGAUGCAGGAGCAGUAAAUGUAGGAGUAAUCCAAGCCCUGUGUGAGUACCGUGGUUUGCAAUUGCAAGGCUUUCCUCAGUUUUCUAAAGAAAGUUUAAUCUGUUUUUAAGUCGGUAGCUGGUGGUUACAACUAAUUAUGCUACCUGUACUGAUCACUUACCCAUCAGUAGUGACUGUCCCAUCCCCUGUUCCAAGGAAAGCUUCAUACAUUCAAGCCAUUCCUGUGAAAAUGUACCUCCUUGCCUUCCCAGCCCUUUUCUCCAUUCAUUUCAGCACUCAAACCAUGGAAGCAGUCCCACCAAGUCUCUGUAAUCCUAGUGAGAUCACAGAUUUGCAAUGGCACAUAGAGCACUAACUGCUCCUGUUUGUUACACACAUGUUGGAGGUUUUGGACAGGCACUUGAGGUGGGCCCUCUGUUGUGCUGCUUCCCCUAGGGAGAUGUGGAAGCUUCUAUCAUCCUCUCCUGGGGCACCUCCUCACAGUCUCUGUUCUUCUAUUUCUCUUCAGGUUACAGUAAUCCUUUCCUGCUGUACCUGCUUUAGGUCCUCCUCACUGAUUAGCAAGAUGAGAUGCCUAGUCUUUGCAGAGAUGCUCUUGCCAUUGUGUCAAAUGGGUCCCUUCUUCCACCAACAGUUAUUUUUCCUCAAACAGGAACCUUUGGUCAUAGAAGCCAAAGCCACAUCUUUGACAGCUUGGUGUUGACUUCCACAAUGCAUCUGCUCUUGCCUGAGCUUUUCCCUGGCAGGACUUAGCACAGCACCCAGACCUCCAUGCCUCGAGGUCUGUAGUCACUCUUAGAAUAUUCAAGGUCACUGCUUGAAAACCGGGCACUUUUGGUGUUCCCAUGAAUGAGCUGCAAGUGUUAAUAGUCAGAUGGCCACACAAACUUGGCAAUCUGUCCUUAUUAUCCCAUAUCCAGGUUCCCAACAAGCCACAAAGCUCUUGAAGCAUCAAGUUAAGUCAGUAGAUGAGGACUUUUGUUUCCUGCAGGAAGGAAUCUUCAGUGACCAUCUCUCACCUUAGCUUCCCUGUACAGACAUUUGAUUGAGGCUCAGGUAGCUCCCUGGCAAGGUUUUGUUCCUCCUCACCAGUUCCCAGGAUACUUAAUCUGUUCUGCACCUGCAGAUCUCCAUGUGGAGCAACAGCCUCUCUUCUGCUGCUAGUUUUCCCUUCUCUUGGGACUAUCCAUCUGUUACUCCUUUGAGCAUUACCGCUAGCUGUCCUUUUUUCCUUGCAUUGCUGGGUUCUUUAUUUUCUCUUCCAGAGGCUCUGUGAAGAUUCUGUUGAUCUUGUUCAUGUGGGGAACCAGGCCCUGUGGCCAAUCACACCAUUACUGCAGGCCCAGUGAAGCCCCCAGUGUCCUGAGCAAAGUUCCUGGGCUCCCUCACACCUUUGCUUUAAGUGCUGUCACAGCUGCUACAGCUCUGUUAGUUAUCAGUUUUCUGUACUGCUUGUAAAUACCAUAAAGAAAGGGGGAAAAUUAAAUCAAAAUUUUCAUGCUUUUCAUGCCAAAGUUUUUGUUAAACAUUAAAAACCAGCUUCACAGUUAAACUUUGAUAAAAAGGAAAUUAUGUUCUGAAUUUGGCUGGUUUCAAAACUCCUUGUUUAUUGCCUCUUUAGAGGACAGCUAUAGUUGAUACCACUCAAAUGAAAGAGAAACGUGUUUUAUAGUGCAGUUUCUUGUAGUGUGGACCUUUGGAGAGACUGAUGUUUUGAAAACUCAGCUGUACUGUAUGAACUACCUUGCCCUUGCCUAUAUGCACAAAUGCUGCAGAGAAAACUGUUGGUGAUGUGCUACUUUCCCUUAGAAAAGCUGUGUAGACUUCCUGAUUAGAAAGGUAGCUAUCCCAGCUAGUUAAAUUUCCUGGUAAUUUUGUUCUUUAAGAGAGUGUCAAAUUUUCAUUUUGGUGUGUGAGGCCUGAACCAUCAUUACACCUUUUAAAAAUUAGUAUUGCACAUACCAGAUGAAACAGAAUACAUCUGCCCAGCUUCCUGUGGCCUUACCUGUAGGAUGUCCAGAAGCAUCUCCUUUAGGACUGGAGACAGGUUACCUGAAAAGAAUAGAGCCAGUGAUGCAAUUGUUAUGGUCCAUAUGGAAUUGGCUGGUCUGGUGAAAACUACACCACCUUUUUAGUGCCUUUGUACAAAUCUGGAUAAGGUAACAGUUGCUGAUGCAUAGGAUACCCCCUGUCCAGUUUCAAAGAAGGUGUUGCAGAUCUAAGCUGUGUUCAGAAGAAGUAAUGAUAAACUUGUGUGAAAUAGGAUUGAAAAGAUUGUGAUUCUAACAUGCAAUCACAACAAGAAGAUGAAUGAAAGGAAUUUUAUUAAAGUCUGUAAAAUACUAGUUAGUAAGUACUUGCAGUUACUGAGGAUACUCUUCUGAGAAAUGAGUCCAGUUUUUUCUUCCUGAUUUUCUCCCCUUCCCUUAUUCCCUCCUACCCAAAAAGUCCAUUUUGUGGAGAGUCCCAAGACCUUUCAUAACAAAUUUGAUAUUACAGGAUACAGUGAUCUGUUUUAAGGAUUUAACUGUUAUUUCCCCUAGCAACCUUCUGCUGUGGUUCAGAUAGAGACACAAGCAGUUUUAUUGACUGUGACAUCCUGGUUGUACCUUUGCCAUGCAGCAGUAUCGGUAGUCAGUGCUAAGACUAAACAACUGGGGAAUGAACUAAGAAAAUUUUGGGUUCUUUAAAUAUGUAGAAUUCUCUUCUUUAGAAUGUGCACAAGUCAAAUUUUUCAUCUUGCAUUAAUUUUUAUAGCAAAGAGCUGGACUAGCAGAAUCUGUUUGAUAUGGAGAGCUAAGGCUGAGAAGAAAAUGUGAACUUGAGGGGGGAAAUGAACAUAAACAUUGUUAUGCAGAUGAUGAACAACAUAUGCUUAUGUAAUGGAGGUGUUCUGAGUCAUGAAGGUCUUCUGUGCUAAUGUAGGUCAGGUUUUGGACAAGAACUCCUUGAUCCUUGCUUGGCUCUGCCUGUUUUGUCACGUGCAGUACAGAAGGCAUUGUGCUUUUGCUCAGUCUGUGGUACCCUGACUUCAGAAACACAUUCCCUGUGGCUCCACUAAUAUUAAUUGCCAGUGUUCAAGGGUUUAGCAGCUUGAUCUUAAUUAUUUAUUUGAAAAUAGAUGCUAUGUUUUUCCUGAAUCCUCUCUCCCGUUGCAGGAUAUGACAGUGGGCUGUUCUGCUCAGCAAGCAUUUUAUUUUAGCUUAGUCAGCUGCAGCCCAUUGAUUAGAUCUCGCUCUCCUUGUGGCUCAGACUGCACUGCAGUAGUUUGCAGUGCCUUGCUGGAGAGGCUGCACAUGCACGAGGGCGGCUCUGGGAGCCAGUGGGCACAGGGAUGAUGGUGUAGGCAGGACAGUGCACAGCCUGUGCAGAAGAGCGUGAGGAAGGCUGAAGAAAUGUGUCAGCUAAUUGAGAAAAAGCCUCGCAACGUUGCUGGUUUCCGAGGAACCGUCCGCUAUGCCUCUGUGAAUGCACACAAAAACAGGGAGAUGGGCAGACACGACGAUCUGUGGUCCCUCUUUUACAUGCUGGUGGAGUUUGCUGUUGGUCAGCUUCCGUGGAGAAAGAUCAAAGAUAAGGAGCAGGUUGGCAUGAUAAAAGAAAAGUAUGAACACCGAAUGCUGCUAAAACACAUGCCUUCAGAGUUCCACCUCUUCCUGGAUCACAUUGCAAGCCUAGACUACUUCACCAAGCCAGACUAUCAGCUAAUCAUGUCGGUUUUCGAGAACAGCAUGAAAGAAAGGGGCAUCACUGAAAAUGAAGCCUUUGACUGGGAGAAGGCUGGUACAGAUAUCUUGUUGUCCACUAGCACCUCAACUCCACCACAGCAGAACACCAGGCAAACAGCAGCCAUGUUUGGGGUGGUUAAUGUCACUCCAGUACCCGGGGACCUGCUCCGUGAGAACACUGAGGAUGUCCUACAGGGUGAACACUUGAGUGAUCAAGAGAAUGCUCCUCCCAUCCUGUCAGGUCGGCCAGUGGAAGGCCUUGGUCAGGCUCCAAACACGGCUUUCAAUGAGGGUGAAGUUUGGGAAGAGACAGAUGUGAAUCGCAACAAACUCAGGAUCAGCAUCAGCAAAACUCAGUGCAUGGUGGAAGAGGAGCAGAGAAACGGGGUGUGCCCCAGUUCCCCUGUCCGAGUGCCUCCGGAGUCCCCGACCGCACAAGUGCGCUCGCUCCGCUACCGCCGCGUCAACAGCCCCGAGUCAGAGCGGCUCUCCACAGCUGAUGGAAAAGCAGAUCCACAUGAAAGAAGGUCCCGAAUGGACAUCCCUGGCUCUCCGUCACGGCUCGUGUGCUCCUCGCAGCCAGCCCAGAUGCUGUCCAUCGAUACUGGCCAGGCUGACCGGCAGGCGAGCGGCAGGAUGGACGUGUCCGCGUCCGUGGAACACGAGGCCCUCAGCAACGCCUUCCGCUCGGUGCCGCUCGCGGAGGAGGAGGACUUUGACAGCAAGGAGUGGGUUAUCAUUGAUAAGGAGACAGAGCUGAAGGACUUCCACCCUGGUGCUGAGCCAAGCACCUCUGGAACCACGGAUGAGGAGCCCGAGGAACUAAGGCCUAUUGAAGAUGGGGAGGAGAGAAGGCGCCUGGGGGCAGAUGCUGCAGUGAGGCCGAAGACUCAUGAUGGGCGAAGUCGGGGUAUGCUGCCUGUGACUGAGGAGGACAGUUCCCAUAGACAUGAAGGACCUUCUCAAACAGUGUCUGACAGUAGACAUGAACAGCAGACAGGAAGUCCAGCCCACUCCCCCUUACAUUCAGCACCAGCUCUCCGACAAAGGAGACGAGAAUCUGAACCUACUGGUCCUCAGAGACAGGCAUACAUGCUGAAGUCAUUUGAAAUAAAUGGCCUGCCCAAGGCGGUCCCUUUAAGUUUGCCUUACCAAGACUUCAGAAAAGAUAUGUGCAACUACUGGGAAAAGCCUAAGUUAUCCCAGCGGAUAAAGAAAGUUGAUUUUUCAAAUAUUGUCUUGACUGCUCCUUGCAAACCUUUGGAACCUUAUCUGGAAAUGAAUGGAAAAGAGGAGGAGGAGGAGGAAGAAGAGGAGGAAGACUAUGAGGAGGAGGAAGAUGAGCAGGAUGAGGGGGAGGAGGAAGAGGAGGGCAAUGAGAUUGACAUGCACAGUGAUUCCAGCAGUGACCUGAGUCAGAAGAGCACGGAGCGCAGCCAGGAGUGCGCACCGUCCACGCUCCUGGCUGAUGACCAGAAGGGGUCCAAGGGUCGAGCAUCCACUGCUGAUGGGGACCUGGAGCUGGAGGAAGGCUCAAAAACAUUAGUGCUGUUUUCACCAGGUGACCUGAAAAAGUCUCCGGUGGCUGCAGACUUACCUCCAGAAGUCGAUCUGGGCACUCUCGCUGCACUGACACCUCAGAGCGAGCGGCCGCAGCCCAUGGGGAGCCAGCUGGAUGUGUCUGAGCCAGGGACCCUGUCCUCGGUCCUUAAAUCGGAACCAAAGCCUCCCGUGGCAGUGGCUACAGCUUCCUCCCCGUUCACCAAAGUCGAGCGCACGUUCGUGCACAUUGCUGAGAAGACCCACCUGAACGUGAUGUCUUCCAGCGGGCAGCUGAUGCGGCACGAGGAGUACUGCCCCCCGGGGCAGUUCGAGGAGGUCAUCAUCGAGGAGGAGCUGGAGGACAACCUGGUGCUGGUGGAGAAUGGAAGCAUUCAUUCCGGGCUGGAAGGGGCAGAGACGGAGAGCUGCGCUCUUUCGGCCAAUCACGUCGAAACCACCUCAGAGACUGUGGGGGAGCAGCCGGCCCUUCCCAACGGCGUGCCAAAGCUUCCUGAGGACAAGCCGGAGCUCUCCGGCAAAGCGGGGCUCUCGCUGGACUUGGAAGAGCCUGACAAGGUGGCUACAAGGGAGCCUGGCCUCGAGAAGGCAGCAUCAGCCACAGAACACCUGAAGCGAGCAGAGACCCUGCUCGAGACGCCACAGCAGGGCCCCAGGAGGCCGCUGGGCUCCCGGUAUAGAAGUCGGAUACCCAUUUUGUUCUCUGAGGAGGACACCGGCUCAGACCUUUCAACUUCACUCUCAGCCAAAGAAAGGCUUUAUAAGAGGGCAAAGCAACCCGACCUGGCUCGCCUGGUGAUGGAGAAGAGACAGAGCCGCCUGCUCCGGCUGGCCUCAGGGGCCUCCUCCUCGGCCUCCUCCAGCGACGAGCGGCGGCGAGCCUCCGAAACCCUGUCAGCCACCGGUUCUGAGGAGGACACCCACGACUCUGAUGACUCCAUCCCACGGAAGGGAGAGAAGAAGGCUGCGCUGCUGGGGAAAGAAGAGAGAGCCAUAAGCACAAGGAGCAGAAUUCCUCGUCCCAUCGUGCCGGUGAAAACGCCGCUGGAGGUGGCAAGGUCGGAGAGCUCCGUGGCCGCUGCGAUGGCAGGGCUGGGCAGCUCCCCACAGGAUGCAGCUGCUGCCUGCAGGCUUCAGACACAGAGAGCAGCUGGAAGUGCCGCGUACGAGGGCCGGACAACACAGGUACAAAGUCGGCUUCCUUCAUCGCCGAGUUCCACUUCUCUUCCUCCACGGAGCAGCUCGCAGAGGUCCAGUGGUGCAUCCCCUCGGAGCCCUGUCCUUCCUUCCAGGAACCCCAGUACUUCCCCCAGAAGCCAGCUGCUGCCUCGGAGGGAAAGUCCUUCUCCCUGCCGACAGCAUAAACCAGGGACUGCUCCUCAGCGAGUUCCUCCUUCCCCCCGACCUCAGCCCUCAGCUCAGGCCCCGGGGCCUACAGGAGAUUCCCUGCCAUCUCCUGGCGUGGCCAAAAAACGACAAAGAGGAAAAACCCAGACUCAAAGUCCAGCAACCAAAGGAAAGCAGGUGUCCCUGGAAAGUAAGGCAGCUGCCAGAUAAUGACCUUCUUCUGCGAGCCCAACAGACUGGGUAACUUCUGCAUAUAGUAUACACUUGAGAUGCUGCAGCACAGCCUUCCAUGCUGGACCCACGAGUGUAUAGCAGUAGCUGUACUUGAAUGCUUCACUCACUCUCACCCCACACCGCAAUCAGCUCCCAGGGGCCUGGCAGCCUCUGAGCCACGGAGCCUUUCCAAGGGAGACACCCAGCCCGCAGCUCACGCUUGCUAAUGCACAGCACCAAACCGUGACCCAGGCAGCCUGCCCAGUGCCUGACCUGCCUGCCUCCCCAGGGAUUCUCCUCUCUGUUAGCAAUACCAGUCCUCAACACCGACUCCAGCUGAGGAAAGAGGAGCAGAGGCGACAAGAGCAAGGCCUGCUAAAGAGGAAGGCUCCUGUUCUUCAGGCAGCUCCUUCCUUUCUCCUUGCUGGGAAAACACCAGCCUUGGUCUCCGUCAUCUCCCUGAGUGCUGGCUCACCUCCCACCACCUGUCUUAGCAAGGGAUUGCCACUAGCUUAUUCAAGAAGGAUGGAUGCAUCCUUGUGUGCUGAGAUAAGAGAAGGGGUAAGGAGGAGAGGGCUCUUCUCUCCUUUCCAGAGAUGCCUCUACAGGUGGGAAUUAGGAGACAGGCAGAUCUUGCUGGAUGCUCCUACCUGCUCCAGUAUAUCCCACAGAGGAGGUCUGGCAUUGCUUCUCAGAUACUGCUGUUGUUUCAGCAGAUGCCUGUAUGGUGGGUACUUAGGUGGAAGUAGGGGUGUGUUGGCAGCUUGCUGGGAAAUCAAGAGCUCUUGCUAAUUAAUGUAGAAGGGAGCACACUGCAGCCACUUCUGUCACAAAUACCAAACUGUGAUCUGUGGACAUCACAUCCCCCAGCACGGGUGGUUCCUCUCAGCCUGGGCGAGGUUGGUACCACAGACCUGUAAUCCACCAAACACAGCUCCAUCAUGAGGAUGUGAACAGUCACUGGAUGCCUUUAGCCUGGGUGCCCCUUGCACCUGAAUUCCUUGUGUUUUAUUGUCACGCUCUUGGUGUUUGUGAAUUUUGGCACUGUGGUUGAAAGUUCCCCUACACGUCAGGGUGGGAAAUUAUUAUUCUGUAGUAUACCCAAAAGCUGCUGCUUUGCAAUGAGAGGUUUGCUGGCAUGCCAUGGCCAUGUGCAUUUCUAUCUGAGGGGACAGUGGGUUGAGUGGCAGAGGUGGGGUUUAUGUCUUUUCCUUGGUGCUCACCUCUGCCACGCGUUGAGGAUGAACAAUGUGAACGUAAAAGCAAGGGCUGUGCUCUUCAAGUAAUAUUAUCUGAGCAUAAGCUUAACACUUAGCUAGAGCUAAAUCAACCAACUGUUUAGCCCCCAGACUAAUUAGGAAGGCUUGAAAGUGAAAGCAAGGAGGACUGGUACCUGUCUGAUCUUGACGAGAUCUUGAAGUAGACAAAAUUCUCCCCAUGCCUCACAGCAGAAAACACUCCAGACCCAAAUACUUUGUGCCUCACGCCAUUGUCAUGCCUAAAAGAGGCAUUGCAUGAGGCAGAACAAAAAUACAGCUGCUCUGUACACCUAUUCCUGCAGUUGCAACUACCUGCAAAUUUACUGUUUGCAGACAACAAAGCUUGACAGAGGAAUCUGAACAGUAAUAACCUUGAUUCAUUUGAACAUGAAUGCAAACAGUCACACACUGAUGGCCAUCAAGUUCAAGGAAUUCUGAAGCUCCUCAUAUCUACAGGAGUCCUGGAAAGGAGUAUGAGAGCUGUGACAGGGUGAAAAGGGUACUCCUUGCACACCUGAACAGGGAAAUGUGUAGAAAAAGGAGACAAGAAUUACCUCUUCAUAUGACAGUCCCAGUGUUGCCAACACUAAGAAUUCUUUUCACCCAGCUCAAAGUGUUUUCCAUUGAUGUGGUUCGCCCUGGUCAAGUAAGCAGCACAGCUUAAUCUGAAAACAUGCCCUCAUCUUUGCAGAGCAGCACUGGGAACUCAGAGGGAGCUCAGGCUGUGCUCUGAUGGGCUGAGCUGAUGUUGCCAUCAACAGCAACAUCCCUCCAAGUUCCACUGUUUUGUUGCACAGUUCCAUCACAUUCACAGUGCAGCAGCUAUUUGAUAAAAUGGCUGGAAAUGCUGAUCCAGCACGACACAAACUGCUCUGAUUCACCAGUUUAUUUAUCAUCUGGUUCAUUUCAUCACUCUGGUUCACCAUUUGGUCAGACAACAGAAGAAGGACACACAGAGACUGUGACCACUUCUUCUGGUGGCACCUUUCUCUGAGUUUGAAGUGUGGGUCAGACUAGAACGUAAGCAUGCGCUGCAGGUUUAGAAACUAGAAAACAGAAUAAACUCAAAGACAGAUUCUUUCCAGAAAUAUAAAUCAUAGCGGGACUCCUAUUAAUUUCUUGAAGGUCUAUUAAUUUUAGAGUGCUCAGAUGGUAAGACUUGGUUGUGAAGCCUUUACCAGCUGGUCCAUCCAGGUCUUAAUGCACAUGCCAAAAAUGGCAUUGAAAGAGCUUUGAAAGAGGACUGCAGGACUAUUAACAGGGUUAGCAAACCUGCCUCAUCAUGGGAGGCCAAUAAAGCACAAUCAGUGUAUUUGUUCAGGAAAAAGUUUAAAGGACAGUUUUCUGUGGCCCAGUGUCAGAAAGGAAGCUCCAGGGUAGACACAGGGCUGGGUUGGACAGGGCCCUGAGCAUCCUGCUCUAGUGGAAGGUGUCCCUGCCCAUAGCAGGGGGCUGAAACUGGAUGAUCUUUAAGGCCCUUUCCAACCCAAACCAUUCUGUGGUUCUGUGGUCUUCCUCUAGCACGUGAAAGCAGGGGAGUCAGAACAGCCAAGAACAGCAGAUGAAGAAAUCAGGCAGACUUUUAAUUGUGAAGCAACCAUCCAGUGAAGUCUUUCACAGGACUAUGGGGACUUUCUUAUUAAAAGGUUUCUGUGAAACUGAGCUGUCUUCUACGAGGUCUAUCUAACAUGACCCAACCACAAGAAGCAGGCAGGAUUCUGGUGACACCAAGGUAUCAUCUCCCUCUGUGGUGCAGCAGAUUCCUGGUCCCACUGGGAUACAUGCCAAAGCUGGUAUAUACUGGAGAGCCACCUGGCAGGUCCCACAGGUUUCAGAAAGCAAGGGAAAGAUGGCCAGCACAGAAAAUAAAAGCUGUUCAGUGUUGUUUGACAGGGCUGAGCUGGAGAUGCAGCUGGGUCUGUAGAGAUCUGAGACCAGCACGAGUCAUCCCUCCUCGUGGUUGUGCUACCAGACUCCCUGCUCCUGCACAGCCCUGCUUCCCAGCUGUCCCUGGCAUGAAGGGGAGCAGGAGAGUGCAUCAACAGCAUGGUGUGCCCCAGGUCAUGUCCUCCUGGAUGGAGGUGCACCUGUCCAGGGGAGCAGCACACACAGAAUUUCCUCUGGGUCCUCUCUUCUUCUGCUGCCCUGCAGGAAAGUUGAAAGGGCACCUGCCAUAGCUGGAGCAAACAGAGGAGAACAUGUCUGGGGACAAGAAGGGAUGAGGCCUGUGAUGUUAGGUGGUUGAGGAAUGCCAGAGGGUCUAGUCUGGCAUCACAGGACACGGUGGGCUAUCACAUCCCAGAAAGGUGGGAGAGGCAGGACCCUGCUGCUCUCUGCUGUGAGUCUCAUGCAAGCUCUGCCAAGCUUGAGGGCACACGGGGCUGCUCAAGCACUGCUGGGGGUGUGUGGUUGUGUCCUUGCAGGUGAUUUUGCCCCUGUGUGUUUUGAGGGAACUCCUGGGACAGGCCAGCACUGUUCCUUCAUCUCUGUGUUCAUCUGCAUGGGCAGGGAGGGACACAUCUUGUUCUUCUGUGUUGGGACUCCAAGAAUCCUUGGGACUGCCUGGUGUCAUGCUGAGUCCUCACUCUGCAGGGGCCUUGCCCACCAGCUGAGAUGGCACCCUGGCUGGUGAGAAGCAGCCAGUGGCUGCUGGCUGGCCAGGAGCUGCCUGCAAAGAAGCAUGGAUACAGGGGGGAUGUGCCACGUGGGCAAUCUGAAAAGAAUUUCUCAGCGCUAAGCCAGUGUGGCAAUGGGUUAUAUGAGCAGAGGGAGAAAAAGGACAGAUGGCACCAGACAGACUGAUACUGUGGAGAGGCUCAAACACACGGGUGGAUGGAGCUGCUUAACUGAUUUGUCUGGUUGGCAGCACAGGCACUUCUGUUUGCCUUGGUCCAAAAGGUGUUUUGGUAGCAAAUAUCUCUGGGUCAGUUGUGCUUGGAAUCAGUGACAGGCAGGAGACUUUGCUUGCCCUUUUUUUAAGUAAAGAAUAUUAUAAUAUAUAUAUUAUUAAAACAAUAUAAGUAGUGACCAUUAUAUAUAGUGACUAAAGGUUAAAAAGGAUCCUGCUACCUUCAGAGAAGUCUCAUCUGUGACUUCAGAUGUGUGCAGGGCUGACUGCUGUGUGCAGUGAAUGUGGAUGGGGGAACAGGAUACCACUCUACCAAAGUGCAUGUCAGCUGUGAGGCUCCCCUGCCUGAGCACAAACCAGGGCUGGAACACGCCAGCCUGGGUGGCUGACAGCUGUCCUGCUUGCCACCAGACCUGCAGCAGCUGCUGGACUGACACACAGCUCUGUGGGGCAUGGAUCAGGAUCUGGAGAAUCGCUCUUCACGUGGCUGCCCCUGGCUAACACAAGCACUGAGAGAUUGGUGGUGAAAUGUUUUGAUCCAAAGCAGGUUGUGUUGGGGCAAGAAAAUCUUUCACAUUUCUCCUUUCCAACACAGAGGUGUUUCCUCACUGUAGAUCCUGUGUAAGGAGAUGAUCACUGAUAGCCUGGGCAGCUCCAGUAGCAUCUCAGUGGUCCCUCAGCACACUGCUUUCUUCUCUGUAUAGUUUAUUGACCCACAACUAUUCCACAUGCACUCACACCAAUGCUCACCUAAGGCCUUGCCCCACACAUCAAUCACCUGCAGUUAAAUUAAUCCUGUGAACACAGUAAAAGUCCCAUUGUGGACAUAAUGAGUUCGGUAUCAAAUUAGUUUCUUCUGGCUGAACUGAAACAUUCCCAUGCUCCAGCAGUGCUAGGCUGGUUUGACAAAGUCCACAGGGACCACCUGAGAGUUUGCAAGCACCUUUGGUUCCAUCUGUUUGCCAGCUACUCCUGCACCUCCACAUGAGGAAGAGAGCUUGGGCUGCUGUUCAGGCCCUUUCCUCGUGUGGCAUGUGCCUGUGGCUGGGCUGCUGGGUGGGAGCCCAUGGCUCACUGUGUGCUGGCUCCCAGGGUCCCCUGCAGAAGCCCCAGUGGCUGUGCUCUUCAGCAGCAGCAGCUGCUGCAUUCCAAGGGGCUGGGACUAUGCUGGCAGUGGCAGCAGAGCCAGCUGAUGUUAAGACCUCCAUGAGCAUUGGUGUUGGUAGUUUUGCAAGGCUAGGGAAUAGCUCUGCCUGCAGGCUGAGCUGUGAUCCCAAGUGCAGCCAGAAUCCCAGGAAAUUACAGUGAUUUAUACACCGUCACUCUCCUGUCACUUCAUUCCUAAUGUAGCUCCUCCAGCAAAUCUUGUCUUCAAAGUAACUGUGUGUUUCCUCCGGGUUAGUCCCUUUUUGCCUGGGGGGUUGAAGCCCUCCUGGGUUCUGCAGAGCCUGAGGCAGACUUGGCCAUCAACCUGUGCAGCAGGCCCUGCCCCACACAGCUCAUAAGGAGGAGCACUAUCCCUUUUAUUUCUGGAGCUGCAAACAGCUGGAAAGCAGGUUUAAAGUAAACACUGAUGCCCUCUGUGCUGAAAGGAGGAAAGGAGCUACCAAAGUAAAUCCAGAGGUGGGUUCCUUGUAGGGACGAAGAUAAUAAUUUCUCCUGCUCUCAGCUCCUGAACCAGAGGAGCCUCAGGGGUGAGAGCUCUGCUUUGGUGAAGAUACUGCAGGACUGGUGUCAGCACGGUGCUCCUCAGUGGCUGCUCUGCCUCUGGCUUGGCCCAUGUUGCCCUGCCUGGAGCACAGGGAGCUCUGGCACAGGUUCCCUGGAGGAGGCUGGGGCUGAUCUUUCCUCGGGAGUGCACGGCACAGGCUCGGGACCAUCCCUGCGGAGGGUGGGAUGAGCUCUGCAGGACGUGGGGUACCCUGGGUGUGAAACCAGUGUCAGCAGGACUGCUGUGCUCUGGGACCUGCUGCUUCUUCUCCAGACAGGAAUUGGAGCUGGAAACACAGAUAAUUUUCUAUAUCUCCUUUUAACACGAUAGCAUGUGACUCUACACUCAGACGCUGUUCCUGGCGCACCGACGUUUUCCUUCGCCUCUGGCACACUCUGGAGACAGGACUUCUGCUCCCUGGUACUGCCUGCCUGGAAAUGUGACUGAAUCCCAAGGCUAAAUCUCUCUACAUAUCUUCUUUGCAUUCUUUAGGAAAGCAGCUGGAGAAUGUUUACACACUGCAAACAGAAUGUAGGACUCCGACUGAGGAACCACAAUCUGGUUCAACUGCAUGGCAAAUUUCUUGGCCAUAAAAUCUGGCAUGCAUCACAGAAGCCCUGUCUGUGUACAGACCCACCUGGCAUUUGUCUUAAUUUCAGAUCACAUCUUAAAAAAAAUAAACAAUUAUGCCAUUUCUUGUUCAUACCAGACACAGUUGUCAUUAGAUUUGUUAUUAAAAGGGGAUUCUGGAUCAUGCCAUUAAAAGCCUGUCUACCUUUUCA